AUGUUUGAAGAGAAUACACUUGAAGAGAAUACAUUUGAAGAGAAUACACUUGAAACGAAUAUACUUGGAGAGAAUACGCUUAAAGAGGAUACAAUUGAAGAGGAUAUAAUUGAAGAGGAUAUAAUUGAAGAGGGUAUAAUUAAAGAAAAUACAAUUGAAGAGGAUAUAAUUGAAGAGGAUAUAAUUGAUGAAAAUACAAUUGAAGAGAAUACGCUUAAAGAGGAUACAAUUGAAGAGGAUAUAAUUGAAGAGGGUAUAAUUAAAGAAAAUACAAUUGAAGAGGAUAUAAUUGAAGAGGAUAUGAUUGAUGAAAAUACAAUUGAAGAGAAUACGCUUAAAGAGGAUACAAUUGAAGAGGAUAUAAUUGAAGAAAAUACAAUUGAAGAGAAUGCAGUUAAAGAGGAUAUUACUAAUUCAUCUCUUGAAACGCCGCUAACAGAGGAUGAAAAGAUCAACAUAAAAUAUUGUCAAGAGAAAACAUGUAAAUUCUUAUUUCCAUACUUUCACCCAGAACAAGAGUCUCGCGCCAAUGUUCAUGCUCGUGUUUACACGCAAUUAGCACGAACUCUAAAUCGUACAUUAGUCCUAUCAAACGUUGGAGAUUCAAGAAUUAGAGCAUGUACUCUAUAUACGUUUGACUUCUAUUAUGAUUUAAAAGCAUUCCGAAAACGUUAUCCAGACAUUCGAUUUAUAACACAAAAUAAAUUUUUUGAAUGGACAAAAGAAAGAAAAAUCCGACCAAUUGCGCAAAAUUCAUGGAUGAUUCAAGACGGUAGAAAUGAUUCUUUAAGUGUUCGAGAAAAAAAGAUUAUGAGUGUCGAGGAAGGAGUUAGAUUUGGAAGUAAACGAUUAGAAUCUUUUUGCAUAGAUGUAUUUAAUCUAAACAUCACGAAUUAUAAAGAAUUUCAUACAGGAGUUAAAAAAAUAGAUCAUGAAGCAUUGUUGAAAUUUGUUACAAACACUCUGAAAACUCCACCGAUGACGGAAGAAUAUGAAGUAAUCAUGAUAUUAAAUAAGUCACCUAGAGAAUAUUUUCCAUACAUCUCUGAACCAAUUCCAUAUUCACCAUAUAUUCUUAAAGAAUCUAAGAGAAUUAUAAAUAAAUUAAAGCCAUAUAUAGCUGUUCAUUGGAGAAUGGAACAAGUUGAACCAAAAUUAAUGCCGGAAUGCGCCAGGAAACUAGUUAAAACAUUAAAGAAAAUUCAAAAACAAUACGGGAUAAAGAAUGUAUAUUUGGCAACAGAUUUUCCACUUAAUGGCGGUAAAUCUCAAUCAGAUACAUUUUAUAUAAUUUCUAAAUUUCAUGAAGAAGCUAUUAAAAUACUUGGAUUAAAUGACAGCUUUGUAAAUAGCCCCAAUCAUAUAAAAUACAAUACUUGGCUUUCAAUGGGCGCGUUUUCACAAAUUAGAGACGACCCAAAAUACGAAUCAGAAUUUAAAGGAUCUGGUAUACCUGGAAUACUUGAUAAAUUAAUUUCCAUAAAUGCAAAAUAUUUCUUAAGGGGACCAAAAGGUUGUGCUAGGAUACGUAGUACUUUUACACAAAUUAUCGUUGAGGAAAGAAAAAAGUUGAAGAAGAAAUAUGGUUUGAUUAAUACUGUUUCCGUUUGGUGA